AUGAAGUCCAUUGGAGCGAUCAUAGUGGCAGCCUCAAUGGCUGAGGCUGGGUCGAGCAACACCUUGUUGUUCCCUGAGGAGGACCCUCUGUACUACUGCCACUCUGAUAUGACUUGGGGGGACAUACCCAGUCGGAAAGACAAGUCCGAUGCUAAGCCGGAACGUGUUGUUGUCUUUGGUCGUCAUGGUGCAAGAGUCCUGACCAGAGACCUCACUUGCUGGGAAGGAGAUGAUACUGAGUACAUGUGCCCAGUCGCCACCUACUAUGGCUUCAUCAACAGCCCCUCUGAGGGAACAGGUGUUGGUUGGACUAGACUGGCCGGCAAGAGGAUGAUGUUGAAGGGCAACUGUACCUACGGCCAAGUUGUGGAGCCGGGCAUUCAGCAGCAUCUGCUGAAUGGGGAGGCUCUGAGGAAGGCCUACGCCAAGCCGUUGGAGCUGGGAGAAGCACCGCUGGAGCCCCAAGUGAUGUUCCGUUCGACUGAGUUCACUCGCACCAUUCACAGUGCCCAGGCUCUCGCUAUGGGGUUGUUCCCGAAUAUUCAGCAAUACGGCCCUGACAGUCUGGACAUUGUCAUUGACGAUCUCGAUGUGGACUCCAUGACCCCCAAACCACGCGUGUGCCCUCGCCUUGCUGAUUCCUUGGAUACCUUCCUCGAGUCACCAGAGGCUCUCAAGCGGACAUAUGCAUCGACGCUUGAACGGAAGCUCAUCGGCCUCACCAGUGGACGUUACGAUGAGUUUAACACCAACGACCCCAAGAAGAUGGACGGUCUUUACUCCGGGAUGCUGGAUUGCCUGAUGAGCCACCUUUGCUCGACAGUUCCGAGCACCUCUCGAGACGUCCCCUAUGGCCUUGGCCCUGGGAGUCCUCUCCUGAAGAGAAUCUCUGACCAGGCCACCUAUUGGGACUUGCUCCAGUAUAACUCCUCCGCGGAAUCUCGCCGCCUCGCUUUCGGUCCUUUUAUCAGAGAUGUUCUGGAAGACCUAGACCUCCCAGAUAGGCGUUUGUCAGUUUAUAUCGGUCACGACACUGGGCCGACCAGUGUCUUCACUGCCGCAUUGGAUUUGACUUGGAUGGACUCUCAUCACAAAUGUGCCAACUACUGGCCAACCUUCGCGGCCAUGCGCAUUCUGGAGAUCUACGAUGACAAUCAGGCCCGCUGGCUUUUCAAUGGUAGAGUUGCGUCGGUGGAUGCCAUCGAGGAGUGUCGCGGAAAGGAGACUUGCAGCUUCGACAAGAUGUACAACUACCUCGCCGAGAUGAUACCCAGCGAGUUAGAGUGCAAUGGCCCUCCCGAAAACCAUCACGGACACUUGAGAUUUUCUCAUUAAUUUUAUAUCCUCUCUAUCUCCUUCCCCUACCAACAACAUCACCCUU